AUGUAUAGAGCCUACCAGCCUCUUCUUCCAACAGCCAACAGGUAUCUGCAGGAGAAAUGGGACAAGGCCAGUUACAAGAAGCAUCGCAGAAAGGUGGAGCUAGCUGUCCCUGUUGUGAACACAAAAAGCUCACCAAUACCUUUCCAUCUACAGGUGAACUUGAAGAAAAUACAGCUGGAAAAAGAACGCCAGGCACUUUUGGAUCGGGAAAAUCUCCUACACUCUGCCAAACUGUGCGGCAUCAAGCAAUCCAAGGGAAGUGUGGACAACUGGAACUUCUACUGUAGGCACAGCUUAAACUGGGAGAAGCGCCAUCAGGAUCUUGCACGCAUUUACUGGGAGAACCAACAGCUGGUGAAGCGUCUGGAAGGAAGGAAGUCAGAACUUGCUCAGGCAUGUUGGCAGGAAAACUGGCACAAGGAACAGCUCAUCCGUCAUAGCAUUGCCCGCUAUCCCCGUGGCUGGGAAAGCUGCCAGGUAAAGAAAGUGAGAUGGAGGCAGUGGACAGAGAGCAAUGGUAGUCCCACUUCAUCAACUGGAGAGAACCUCAGCUUGUCUCCUGGAAGAACCCCCGUACUUUGCAACACUAAGAAUAAAAAUAUGCUGGACAAAAGCUUCUGGGGGAGUGGAAGUGAGUCCCCCCCUGAAAGGGUGGUAACUGCCCCCAUCUCUUCAACAACCCUUGUGAGAAAAAAGAAUGUAGUUGAUCCAUCUAGUCAUUUGGUCCAGCGGUCAAGCAAAAAAGGUUUAGUACCGGUCAAGAUUGCACAAGGGGGCUCUUCUUCAAAGGAUGCUAAUGGUUCAUCGGUCAGGGCAGAGUUACCAGAAGAAGAUUCAGAAAAAGAGCCUGGAAUGGAAGCUGUGAUAGCCACCACCAAGCCUCAUGCUUCCAUAUACUUAAGGAAGAACCUCAGACUGAGGCCUGCUUCACAAGAUCAGGAGAAGAGGCUAGAAGUCUCAUCAGCUUGUAAUGCUGGAAUUUGCUAUGAAAGAAUUGAGAGGGCACCAAAGUCGAGAAAUCCAUUCUAUGGACUUUAGUGCCUGUCAAAUCCUGUGAACCAUCACCCAGGAAAUCUCCAGAAUUCACAAGGGAAGUUGUAGCUGGAGCUGUCCAGUUUCCCCAUGUGAAUUACUAACCAGCUCCUGUGUCUCUUCUGCAAACUUUGACAAACAGCUUCCUAUCCUUGGCCAAGGCAGGGGAAAGCAGCCCUCACCCAUAGCUCACUAGCAGAGCACAUGGUUUGCAUGCGGAUAGUCUAAGGGAUGGCCCAGGAGAUAUUGUGCUGCUUCAGAUGGAGCUGCAAAUGGUCACCCAAGACAAAGUACCUAAAACUAAACUAGUAUAUUUAUUUAUUUUAUUGAAUUUAUGUCCCGCCUUUCUUCCAAAAUGGGAUUCAAAGUGGCAUAUAAUAAUUUAAAAGGAUAAAACUAAAACACUAAUUUACAAAAGUU